CGACAACGACAUUUCCAGGCAGCGAUCAUUUCUACAAAGAAACCUGAACGCAGCAUCCAGAGCUAUGAUUGAGGGUUGAGGAGGACGAUGAAAACAAAAAUGGACAUCGAACGAAAAUAGCCCAGCUGUCUAUGCCAGACCUCUGACUGGCACUUCUUGAAGAACCUGAGGGUAGAAAAGUGAGAGGCCAGAGUCCUGAACCAUGGAGGCUCGCUUUGGUAAUAUUGUGUUCAGCUCCAAGUUUGACUCAGGGAACCUGGGACGUGUGGAGAAGGUGGAGAAGAGCAGCUCCAGCCCUCCUACCGAUAUAGCUCCCAGUGGGAGCGCCCUCUCAGUGUCAAGCCUUACUCCUGACUAUGACUUCAAUGUGUGGACACAGCCAGACUGCGGUGGCACAGAACAUGAGAAUGGAAACAGAUCAUGGUUUUACUUCAGUGUUCAGGGUGCCGCACCCGGGAAGAUAUUGAAGAUCAAUGUGAUGAACAUGAACAACCAGAGGAAGCUCUCGUGCGCACUUUACCCGGCAAGAACCGUUGGGAAAGGAUCCGGGACAGACCCACAUGUGAGAUUGUAGAUAACCAGUUCAUCCUCUCCUUCACUCAUCGGCUGUUGGAGGCACGCGGCACGACCACCUACUUCUCCUUCUGCUUCCCGUUCUCUUACAGUGAGUGCCAGGAGAUGCUGCAGCAGUUUGACAAGAGCUACCCCAAUGCUGCUCAACUCAGUCCAAGCAGGUAAAACACAACACUACACUGUCUACAUAACAGACUCCUUCAAUUUGGAUUCAAAAGUUCAGCGGUGGAAGACGACUUGUUCAGACUUCUAGAGGCUACAUUAUGUUAGUGAUCAUUUGUCAGAUUGUAUAUUAAAUUAUCUUGAGGAUGUAUUGCUACAUGCAAUAAUCUCUUCUUUCAUCCUACCACUGUUCUUUCACAGCGAUACUUUCCCCUGUCUGAAAUCUGUGUUAUGCACAUUCUUACACAGAACGGUUGAUUUCCAAGCCCUACUACAGUAGAGAAAUGUAUGGCAGGGCUUCUGCUGUCCUACCACCCAACAUACAUUUGAACAAUGUUAAGAGCCAGUUUUCUUUUUCAAAAGUAAUAGUAACCUGUACCUCAGGGUCUUUUUUGAGAGAUUGGCC